AUUAGCAAUAAAUAACACAUUAAAAUUAAAUAUAAGUAAACGUUUAUUAAAAAAAAAAAAAAGAGAGAAUUAGCCAAACACGGCUUUCUUCUUCUUCUCGAUCGGAAAAAUCAAAGUUUCUAAAAUUUGUUGGAAGCAAGAAGAAGAAUCAUGAAUCCAGAUUUCGAUCAUCCUCAUCUCCCAAACAUCAAAAUCCACCACCCUUCAUCACCUCGCCACUCCCACCACCACUCCUCCUCCACUCCUUCCGCCGCUACUCCAACCCCAACCGCCGGUGCUCGUCGUAAGAUCGGAGUCGCCGUUGACCUCUCCGAAGAAAGCGCCUUCGCUGUUCGCUGGGCCGUCGAUCACUACAUCCGUCCCGGAGACGCCGUCGUCAUUCUCCACGUCUCUCCCACCUCCGUUCUCUUCGGUGCCGAUUGGGGUCCUCUCCCUCUCCAAACUCAGCCUCCUUCCGUCGUCGAUCCCGUCGCUCCGGAUCAGAAACCGCAGCCUAGCCAGGAGGAUUUCGAUGCUUUCACAUCCUCCAAGGUAGCGGAUCUCGCGAAGCCAUUGAAGGAAGCUGGGUUCCCUCACAAGAUCCACAUAGUCAAGGAUCACGAUAUGAGAGAGAGGCUCUGUCUCGAGACUGAACGACUCAAUCUCAGCGCCGUGAUCAUGGGAAGCCGAGGAUUCGGCGCUGAGAAGAGGGGAAGUGACGGCAAGCUUGGCUCUGUUAGUGAUUACUGCGUUCACCACUGCGUUUGUCCCGUCGUUGUUGUUAGAUUUCCUGAUGAUCGUGACGGUCCUGCUCCUGGAAAUGGUGGAGGUACUCGGGGAGCUAUUGUCACCGUCAAAUCAGGUAGAGACGAGGAUGAUGAUGAUGAAGAACAUGACCAUAAGGCUGCUGCUCCUUCCGCUCAUCAUGAACAUAUCAAAGAUGAGUAAUGUGCCUUAGUAUCUCAUUGGAUUCACCCUCUUCACAGCCAGGUACCACCGCGGAUUUGGAAAACAAUGGGUUUUAGUGGAUUUGUGCAGAGGAGUGUGUUUGUGUGUGUUUUUGUGCCAUCUUUUGCAAUCAUUAAGUCUCUGGGAUCUCCUCUGGAUUAUUCUCAGUCCUCUUUUCAUAAUUCUCCCUGUAUGAUUUUCGCAUUAAAACAAGUAUGCAGUAUGAACACUUGAUUGACCAAAAAUGAAAAGAAAAAAGUAUGAACGCUUAAACCCUUUUGGGAUUAUGAUCUU